GGCCCUGCCCUGCCCUCCACCCAGCGCCGCUCGCACCCCGCCGCCCCGCCCCGCCCCCGCCGGCACGGCCUCCCUCACCUACCGCCCCACGCGCGCGCGCUCACGCACCACGCGCCCCGCGCGGCCCGCCUGGAUCGUGGCCUCUCGAGAGCAAGCUGCUGUGUUUCAAAGGUGAUGGGAUGGUGGGCUCUCACCACCCUGUUCUUCAGGGCCUCCUCUGGGCCCGGGAUCCAGGCUGCUGAAGCUGGCCAUGGUGAGGCUGGAGUUCACAGAUAACACACUCCAGCAUGACUUCCUGAGGUCAGGCCAGCUUACAGCACUCUCCAUUUGCAGAACAAAUAUGGAAGAGCAGGACCACCCAAAGGAGUGAUGAUCAGUGAUCUCAUGAUAAAUCUGGAUAUUCUCAUGCCUCAAGACAACCUAUUGGGAACACCACAUAGUCUCCUGGGACCAGACUUUCAUCCACGUAGUACCUACCACUCUUUGCCUGAACUACUAAAGCCAGCUAACCUCGAAUGGCUACCCAAAGGAAACACUUGGUGAAAGAUUUCAAUCCUUACAUUACUUGCUAUAUCUGCAAAGGGUAUCUUAUCAAGCCAACCACAGUGACAGAAUGCCUCCACACCUUCUGUAAGACUUGUAUUGUCCAGCACUUUGAAGAUAGCAAUGAUUGUCCAAGGUGUGGCAACCAAGUUCAUGAAACAAAUCCAUUAGAAAUGUUGAGGUUGGAUAAUACCUUGGAGGAAAUUAUAUUUAAACUGGUACCUGGACUACGAGAACAAGAACUUGAGCGUGAAUCUGAAUUUUGGAAGAAAAAUAAACCUCAAGAAAAUGGACAAGAUGAUACUUCAAAACUCGACAAACCAAAAGCAGAUGAAGAAGGGGAUGAAAAUCAGGAUGAUAAAGACUACCAUAGAAGUGACCCCCAGAUUGCUAUCUGUCUAGAUUGUUUACGAAAUAAUGGACAAUCCGGGGACAAUGUAGUAAAGGGUCUAAUGAAGAAAUUUAUUCGAUGUUCUACACGUGUAACUGUGGGAACUAUUAAAAAAUUUCUAAGUUUAAAACUAAAACUUCCAAGUUCUUAUGAGUUGGAUGUGCUGUGCAAUGGUGAAAUUAUGGGAAAGGACCAUACUAUGGAAUUCAUCUAUAUGACAAGAUGGCGACUGAGAGGAGAAAACUUUCGGUGUCUGAACUGCUCAGCUUCGCAAGUCUGCUCUCAGGAUGGCCCUUUAUAUCAGUCAUACCCUAUGGUAUUGCAGUAUCGGCCAAGAAUUGAUUUUGGUUAGACCGAGGAGCCUAGAUCUCAUCGAAAGGAAUCCUGCACUCUUUGUUUACUCGUCGACAGAUUGCACAGUGAAAAACGGUGUGUGGGCUGGAGGGACGCAAUCAGAUUUUCGGCAUGCAAAUAGGCCAUUGUCUGUCUCUGUAAGUUGUUGGUUGCAUUCAUGUUUCUCUUAAAUGCAAACCAAGUGCCAUUCUGCUACUGAACCAUCUGUGUAAGGUAUUUGUGUUGUCUCACAGUGUGCCAGUCAUGGCUGAAAUCUGACAGAUGUGCAGCCAUGAUUCAGCCUUCUGAAUAUUUUGCUUUGCCCAUUCCAAGAUUGUUCUAAUGUUUAAUUACACUAGUAAAAUGGCUCCAUCUUUGUGGUGUUGCAGUUUUCACAUACUUAACUAUUUUAUUAAUUCUUGCUUAAAUAGAGUACUGUACAGGAACCUAUACUAAUUAUAUCUGGAAAUUAUUUUGUAUGGAAAUAUGUUAAGAAAAGUGGUUUCUGAGCCACUGCCCUAUUCUUGGUAAGCUUUUCAUGUAAAAAAGUAGUUAAUUCUUGAGUGUACAAGUCCUUUUGUGAAGAAUCCCAAUUAUUCCUUAGAUCACAUUAUUAUUGUACACAUUCUAAGCUUCUCUGUGUGUAGUCUACUAAUUGCACAAGGAAGGCCCAUUAGCCCUCCAAGUAGAAAAUGGGAUGUGACUUCUUGGGCACUUGAAGUUAGAUUCACAACCAUUUGAAAUGUUGGCAGCUGAUUACAUUGUAGGUAAGGUUAAACUUUCAUAAUGCCUUAUGACACGUGGGUGCUGCUGGAUGCACCUCACUGUACAGCCUGUUUUAUGGGUGUGUCGUUACACUGUUGCUGUCAUUUAACGAAUACCCUGUUUUUCAGUUGGCCUUAGGUGUGUGUUCUGAUGGCAUGCAGCCAAUGAUGUCUGAGGGUUUUCAAAUAUUAGGACUUUUAGAGCAGAUAACGUUAGCUAUUUUGUGGAUUUCAAAAGUCUCAAAGCAGUUGUAGAUUAAACUUGUUAUCUAUCACAUUUCCAAACCAUACACAUAAAAUAAAUGCAGCAUAGUAGAUGAAUAUGCUAACCAAAAUGAAUGGUUUGGUGGUACUUUAUUUUAAAUACUGUAGUAAUCAGGGGAAAGUGGGAUUGUUGUUUUACAUAUGGCUUCAUUAAAUGUCAGAACUGUGAUAAUGUCCUUGAUUUAGUUAAGUCUUCCAUUCAUUUUGAAAUUAGUCUGCAAGCCAAAGCCUUGUUAUUUUCAAUGACAUGAAAAACUCCAUUUUAAACCUCUUAAGAUGUGUAGUUGUUUUCAAAGUUGAAACAAGUUAACCUCUGAAACUUAGAAAAGAAUUUUGGAAAUGAGGAAACAUCAUUUGCUUUAGAAAUCUGAUAUGAGCACAAUGACACUAUGUACAUGGGAUGUGCUACAUUCUCUAGUAAAAUGCAUCACAAAUUAAUGCCUUCAGAAUCUCAUGAUGCUUCAUAGAAAUAAAACAUACAUAUAUAGCUCGAUCUUGAUAUAUAUUUUGUAAUGUAAAAGGCUGAAUGAAAGCUUAGGAAUAUCUUUUCCUUUUUUCAAUUCAGAAAAAAUUAAAAGUUUUCUGACUUCUGUGAAGGCUAUGGCAGUACUUUCUGAACCUCACUUUGCUAAAUUGUGUGUUCUUAAAAGGGCUCACAAACAAAAUUUCAAAGGCAAAUUUUAUUAACUCUUUAAAAUGGAAUUCUUUACUUUAAAAAUUAUUUUGCUGUGAAACCUAGUUCCUAGAUAUUCCUAAGAAUCUAAGUUAUUGUCAUUUUGUUGCUAUCAUAUAAAAUUAUAUAUUACAUAUGGAACUUAAUUUUAAUUGACUGAACUCAAAACGAACUAAGAGUACAUUUUGGAUACCUGGCUCCCUUGCCAAUACCUUGCCAAAGUUGGUGGACAUAAAUGAGUUUUGCAUAUAAAAUCACUUGAAAUUUAGCCUGUUUGCCCAGUCAUAUGUAACUUCACUAUUUUCCAAGGGAAUAAAUAGGAAACAUUUCUGGAAUUAAGAAGAGUUUUAUAUAAAUUUCUUUUAUUUUUAAUUUUAGCAACAUUUUAUUGAAGUGCAAUGGGAUACGUGCCAAAAUAUAUUAAAAGGUGACAAAGGUAUCAGACAUCAUUUUGGAAAAGGUACACAAUUCAUGAUUGUUCUGAACAAUGUGGUUUUGCUACCAGAAGUGUAGACUCUCUGAGCCUGACCUCUUAUGUCAACUGUGAGUUUCUCAGAGUGGGACUGCUUUCUGUCUGCAUUCAUACACUAAAAUCCCCACUCGGUUAUCCCUUAUAUCAGGUUAUAGAAUUUAUAAGUAUAGUAUAGAAAAAUGUACAGACAAGCGUUUUAAAUAUAGAAUGCUAAAAAAAAAACACCUUCUUUAUAUAGGUAACCUGUAAUUAUCUAAAUCUGUAAAAUCAGAAAUAAGCCUAAAAUUAAGCUAUUUUUUAUCUGUUGUUUCUUAAGAAAUAAACAGAAAGACCUUUACUUCCAUAAAAGAUUUUAUCUGCUUUAUCUAUUUUAAAAAUCAGAUAUAAAGAUGAAGAAAUCUUGGAUAUAAGAAUGCCUAUGUUUUUUACAUGUCACCUUAAACGGAAGUAUUCACACUAAUUAAUAGGGAAAUCAUAACAAGGCCCUUUCUCUAAUUUAAAAAGACACUUCUUACAUGGUAGGAGGAGAUUAAGGAUUUACUGAAUGGGAUAAUGUUCAGUAAUGGAUUUGGUAACUUGGGUAUCGUCUCUGAACUAUUUUUAAAUAUUAUUUCUUUAUUCAUUAAACAUCUUUCCCACAGGAAUGUGCCACAUUUUAUCAGUGUAAUGAGUUUGCUCAACUAUAUUAUACAUUCAAUUGUUACCUAAAUUUAAACUGGUUCUUUGAGAAAAAUGUAUGUUGUAUAAUAUUGUGAAAGUGUUUAGCUUUAUUGGACAUAUAAAAGAAGUGCCUCAUUGCAAAGUGCAUUUCUGUUUUAGACUUACUACACAAAUUUUGAGUUAUCUCUAGCUAUCUCUUAUGAAUGGUUUCAUAUCUAAAUAAGCACUUGCAAGUUAGAGUGAUCUCUUUUUAAAAGAUUUUCAUAAGAAUAUAGAUAAUCACCAAAGACAUUUUGUUGUAAACUAAUAACCAUGUCAGAUAGACAGUUUUAACAGUUUAGUGGUUGUGAAUUUUUAGAUGACAACUUAAUGUUAGUAUAGUUAGGCAAUAAUCUUAAUUACUUGUUAAAAUAUCACCAAAGAAAGACUUUGAAGUGAAUCUUCUUGGUGAAGUUUUCCUUGCAGUACCCAGAACACACUUCCUCUCAAAGAUGUUCAGUUUCCCACCAUCUGAUAAGUCUUAGGAAAUCCUCAAAUUUGAGAAAGAGACGCAACAAAUAAAUGAAAUAAGUAAAUGAAAAAUUGGAGAAAUGCAUCUUUUUAAACAAAAUCGAGAUUUUAAUUUAUAAGAAGUGUUUUUUUAUAAGAAGUGCUGACACGCUUCUUCCUUAUGUAGAACAUAGUACAUUUUGAAGGAUUUACAGAAGUGCUUUUUCUAUAUUCCAAAGCAAAAUUUUCAUAAGGUUUUUUUUUUCUUAAGAAACAACUCUGACUUGUUUCUUUUUAGUGUCUUUAUUGUUAUUAGAAUUUAGCCAUAUAGCCAAAAACAUUUGACAGAAUGGAUCACAGAAUAAGAUCAGGAGAGACAUCCUGUUACACCAGUCUUCUGUGGGAGUCCAUGCUGUGGGGUUUAACCACCCCUAAGAAUAAACCUUCCUCACAAAGUCUGCCUGACAGUUCACUGGGUGAGCCUCCUCACACAGGAGAGAAAUGGCUGCACACUGUAUUGCAUACACAGGUCAAGCAAGCUCUCUGUCACUGGCUACCUACCUCCUUGGCCCAUUCCUCUGGCCUAUCAUAAGGAGUCUUCUAAAAAACUUUGUUACUAGUAAGUGGCUGGCUGGUGGUAGGAAUUUCAAAAAUGAGUGAAUUUGCCAAAACUUGUCUAGAUUUGAAACACAAAAUAGCUAAACUACGGUUAUCAUUAUUUUAAGAUACAUAUCACCAAAGUUUGGAAAGCAAUAAGCAGGACAGCAUGUCUCUUAGAUCUGGUUCAUGAAACAGUUGAAAAAUAUUUAAUACACUAAAAGCUCAGAAGCCUUUUCAAAGCACAAACAAGCAGGCAUCUCUGGGUGGACUUGAUAUACCUAGUUCAGUAUAUCUUCAUGGAAAAUGUGAGUUUGAAAGGUCAUUAAAACAUACUUAGUAUAGAAUUUUCUUAUUUUUGGUUUUUUUUAAGCCAAGUUAAUUUCUAGUAAUUCUGAAAUGACUCUCUUCCUGUAACACAGUCCUCACAAAUUGUUUACUUGCUAUCCUAAACGUUUUGCUCAAAUAGAAUUAAAAUCUUGAGCACUUCCUCUUCAGAAAAUUAUAAAAAUAACUUUAAAAUAAUUUAAUUACUUUAAAUACUCAUGCAGAUGUACCUGUAUGCUCAUUUUCUAUGAUUUUCUGCCCCCUUUUCCUAUGAUUUAAAACUGAGAGACUGAUUUUUCAGAAAUACUCUUGGAGAAAUUAUCUUUAAAUCUAAAAUGAAGUGGAAAUAGAUAUAUGUGGAAAAACUGGGUCUAGUUUUCUUUGAUCUUAUAGAGCUUUGUAGAAUGAGAAACUAAUCCAGAGUAACAUAGAGAUAAUAACCAGAUUAAUUUAUGUACUUAACUUUUCAUCAGUCUACUGGAGCAGGAGUUCUACACAUUAAAAUGUGAUGAUAUCAGCUUAAUAUUGUUUGGGGGCAGUUUAAUUUUGCUGUGUCUUUUUAGAAUAGGGGUGGGGGGCCUAAGUGUCCUUAAUGCAGCUGUGGUCCAGGACAAAGAGCUUGUGGAGAAAGAACCAGUGUUUCGCUGCUUUCCUGCAUCUGGCAACACGACACACCAGUGGUCAUUCUUACAUAGAGUAGCCCUCAUAAUAAAUAAAGCUAUCAUAGAAUCUAUUGUAAAGUUAUGUUGCUAGUUUUACUUUGAAAUAUAAAAUAUUUUAAGCUUUUUGUCAAAAGUGGUAACAUCUUAAUACAAAUAAAAACCUUUUUGUGGUUGUAAAACUUAGCUUAUAAAUCAUUCAAAUUGAAGUGAAAGAAUUCCCAGGUCAUUGUUAAUGACUUAGUCUAUUAAGAAUAUAUGUAUUUUUGUAAAGGAGAGCACUUGUAGAUAUUUAAUCAGUACAAAAUAUAUGUCUGUUUUGCAGAAAUAAAAUGCUGCUUAGAGAUUCUCUUUACAUAUUUUUUAUUUUUGUGCUCAGAUGUAUUUUCUGUUGAUCUACGGAAUGUUCUGUACAAAGCUGUAUGAUUGUACUGUUGGGCUAGAUACAUUUUUUAAAAUCUGGGCUUAGCCAUGUAUAUUUGACCAUGUUAAAAAUAGUAUCUUUGUUAUUAAAAAAUUGAUU